GCCCUUGCAUUCUGAACAAAACCCUAAAAGGGUUCUUGUUAAAAACAAAAAUAAAGAGAAUCGAUCGCCGCCGGAUUGAUCUUACCCGCCAGUGCUCUCCAGCACUCGUUUACCUGUGAUCUUGCUGGAAAUCUACACAACUUAACGCUUUUUUUCCCUGACUUCAGCAGUUUUCUUGUGUUUCUAUCUGUUGUGGGAUAUUUGGUGUUACGUGAAAACAUAUGAAGAAUUUUGUUAUCUUUGACAAAUUUAUGGAAUUGAUUUGGGGAGCUUCUAACUUGAUGUUUGGAUUAUGUUUGCGUGAUUGAUUCUAUGGUUUUAGACUUGGGAGUAGGUCCGGUGGUGAAAACUUUGGGCUUUGAAUUAGGUUAUAAGGGAUAAUUAUGAAGUUGAAAAUAGACUGUUUAGGGAGCUUUGGUGUUUAAAGUUUUGAUUUUGGGAUUGUUUUAGGUUAUAGGGUUAGGUCUUUAUACGUGGGUAAUGUUCAGUUUGAGUUAUUAUUAAGAGGGGGGAUCAAUUUGAGGAUUUGAGAAUGUUGAGUGAAUUGGGAAGGAGACCGAUGCUUGGAGGUAACGAAGGAUCGUUUGGGGAUGAGUUCGAGACGGAGAUAGGACUGUUGCUCCGCGAGCAGCGUAGUCGGCAAGAUGCUGAUGAUCUCGAACGUGAGCUUAAUAUGUAUAGAAGUGGGUCUGCUCCUCCAACGGUGGAGGGUUCAUUGAGUGCCGUUGGUGGGUUGUUUGGCGGUGGUGCUGCUGCUGCUGGCGCCAGUGGUGGAGGCGGUAGCACCUUUUCGGAUUUUUCUGGAAGUAAGAACGGAAAUGGGUUUGCGUCUGAGGAGGAACUUAGGUCCGAUCCAUCUUAUCUUUCCUACUAUUACUCGAAUGUAAACCUCAAUCCGCGACUUCCGCCUCCUUUGCUCUCGAAGGAGGAUUGGAGGUUUGCACAAAGAUUGAAAGGGGGGAGUUCGGUGCUGGAUGGGAUUGGAGACAGGAGGAAGGUGAACAGGGCCGACGAUGGUGGCAGUAGGUCAUUGUUUUCGAUGCCCCCGGGGUUUAGCACGAGGAAACAAGAAACUAAGCUUGAGUCAGACAAAGGACAUGGCUCUGCAGAGUGGGGUGGUGAUGGACUGAUUGGUUUGCCGAGUUUAGGACUCGGGAGCAAACAAAAGAGCCUAGCUGAAAUCUUUCAGGAUGACUUGGGGCGUGCAUCUCCUGUCAAUGGGUUUCCGUCUCGUCCAGCCAGCCGCAAUGCUUUUGAUGAGAAUGUUGAAAUGGUAGGAUCUGCUGAAGCAGAGCUAGCUCAUUUGCGCCGUGAGCUGAAAACCUCUGAUGCUUUACGAUCUGGGGCAAAUGGAUCAUCUGCUGUCCAAAACAUGGGCGCUCCUUCAUAUACUUAUGCAGCUGCUCUUGGUGCUUCCCUGUCAAGAAGUGGAACUCCAGAUCCCCAACUCGUUGCUAGGGCUCCUAGCCCUUGCCUUACUCCUAUUGGAGGAGGCAGGGCUGGCCCAUCUGAAAAGAGAGGCAUUACUAGUCCAAACUCAUUUAAUGGUGUCUCAUCUAGCAUCAAUGAUUCGGCAGAUCUGGUAGUUGCUUUGUCUGGCAUGAAUUUUUCAACUAAUGGUAAGCUAGAUGAUGAAACUCGCAUGUCAUCACAGAUUGAACAGGACAUCAACAAACAACAAAAUUAUCUAUUCAGUCUACAAGGUAGUCAGAAUCAUAGCAAGCAACAUUCAUACUUAAAUAAAUCGGAAUCGGGGCAUUUGCAUAUGCAUUCUGAUCCUCAAUCAGCAAAAGUAUUGUAUUCUGAUUCGGUUAAGGGCACUGGGGCUGGGUCAGAGCUGAACAACUCUCCCUCUGAUAGGCAAGUGGAACUGCAAAAUUCUGCUCUUUCGUCUGGUAAUUCAUACUUAAGAGGAUCUACUAAUGGUGGAGGUGGGUUCCCUGCUCAGUAUCAGCAUAUAGAUGCCACAAAUUCGUCAUUUGCUAACUAUGAUUUAAGUGGUUACAGUGUAAAUCCACCUCUGGCAUCCAUGAUGGCUAGCCAAGUUGGAACUGGUAACCUGCCACCCUUCUAUGAAAAUGUUGCUGCAGCAUCUGCUAUUGCAGCUCCUGGGAUGGACUCGAGAGUUCUUGCAGGAGGUUUGCUUUCUGGAGCUGCUGCUUCUGAAGCGCAUAAUCAUGGUAGAAUGGGUAGCCAAAUGCCUGGGAGUGCUGUUCAGGCAUCAUUUGUGGAUCCAAUGUAUCUUCAGUACUUUAGGACAUCUGAGUAUGCAGCACAGCUUGCUGCUCUUAAUGAUCCUUCUAUGGAUAGGAAUUACUUAGGUAACUCAUACAUGAAUUUAUAUGAGCUCCAGAAAGCUUAUCUUGGGGCUCUUCUAUCCCAGCAGAAGUCUCAGUAUGGUCUUCCAUUGGGCAGCAAGUCUGGUGGUUCUAAUCAUCAUGGUUAUUAUGGGAGUCCUGCAUUUGGGGUUGGCAUGUCUUAUCCUGGAAGUCCAAUGGCAGGUUCUGUUAUUCCUAACUCUCCAGUUGGACCUGGUAGUCCUAUGAGGUACAAUGAGCUGAACAUGCGUUUUCCUACUGGCACGAGGAACUUAGCAGGGGGCGUCAUGGGACCCUGGCACCUGGAUGCUGGAUUUAACGUGGAUGAAAGCUUUGCAUCUUCACUACUAGAAGAAUUUAAGAGCAAUAAAACUAAGUCUUUUGAACUUUCUGAAAUUUCUCGUCAUGUUGUUGAAUUUAGUGCGGAUCAGUAUGGGAGCCGAUUUAUUCAACAGAAACUUGAAACAGCAACAACAGAAGAGAAAACCAUGGUUUAUCAGGAAAUCAUGCCCCAAGCUCUUGCUUUAAUGACUGAUGUGUUUGGUAAUUAUGUUGUUCAGAAGUUUUUCGAGCAUGGACUUCCAUCCCAGAGAAGGGAAUUGGCUAACAAGCUUUUUGGUCAUGUGCUGACACUUAGCCUUCAAAUGUAUGGUUGUCGAGUAAUCCAGAAGGCAAUAGAAGUUGUUGAUCUGGACCAGAAGAUCAAAAUGGUUGAAGAGCUUGAUGGUAAUGUCAUGCGCUGUGUACGUGAUCAGAAUGGGAACCAUGUCAUCCAGAAAUGUAUUGAAUGUGUUCCUGAAGAUAAAAUUGACUUUAUUGUCUCAACAUUUUUUGACCAAGUUGUCACCCUUUCCACACAUCCAUAUGGCUGUCGGGUGAUACAGAGAGUACUAGAACACUGCAAUGACCCAACAACUCAAAGUAAAGUUAUGGAUGAGAUUUUAGGAGCUGUUAGCAUGUUAGCACAAGAUCAGUAUGGCAAUUACGUUGUUCAGCAUGUGCUGGAGCAUGGAAAGCCUCACGAGCGUUCUGCUAUUAUUAAAGAAUUAGCUGGGAAUAUAGUUCAAAUGAGUCAGCAGAAGUUUGCUUCCAAUGUUGUGGAAAAGUGUUUAACUUUUGGUGGUCCUAGUGAACGCUUGCUACUAGUGAAUGAGAUGCUUGGUUCUACUGAUGAAAAUGAGCCGCUUCAGGCAAUGAUGAAAGAUCAGUUUGCAAACUAUGUUGUACAAAAAGUGCUGGAGACUUGUGACGACCAGCAGCGUGAGCUUAUCCUCUCACGGAUUAAAGUUCAUUUGAGUGCGUUGAAAAAAUACACUUACGGAAAGCACAUUGUUGCACGAGUAGAGAAACUUGUUGCUGCUGGGGAAAGGAGGAUCGCCGCUCAGUCUCCACACCCUGCUUAGGCAGCGUAGGGAAAAAGUUCUGUACAGCUAACUGAGGCUAGUGUGAGCGAGCUUCCUUCUCUCUUUCAUCCCCAUGUCUAGGCUAUGACUCUUACCUGUCUGUUGAGACAGGUACGAGCUUAUCGGAAAUAAAGUUGUUUCUUGUGUUGGAAAACUGUACAUUGUGUAGUUUAAGGUUUAUAUACAUAGAUCAAGCAAACCGAGUUUCAGGUGUUGAAUGCACCUGAUGCGCCUGCACAGGAGAUAAAAAUGACUAUACGAGUCUUUUUAAGGGUGUAAAAAUUAUGAAUGUCGAGGUAGUUUUUCACAUUAAACGCGACUGUACAAAUGUUGCCAUGUGGAGAGCAGUUUAUGUUUAGCGAGGCCAGAGAUAUUUAAUGUAUGGUUAUUGACGUUUUUCCCCCAACACUAAAAGCACAAUUUUCUUAUGCAGCAAGUAUCUCUUGUUCUCCAUUUAUCUA